AAUUUGAAAGAAAGAGGAAAACAAGGUUGUUGAGCAUACGGGGAAUGGAACCCCGGUCAGUACAGUGGGAGCGCUUCUGUUGUUUAGUGUUCAAUUAAAUUUAUAAGUAAUAUUAUAUCUUAGGGUUAGGAGCUCGUUCUCACAGAGAUAAAGCCCUAGCUAUUAAGUUUUGCUGUAGCUGCAGCCAUAACCACUCACCACAAUUUUUGGUUUGUAAUCAGUUCUAAAAAUUUAUAGCAUUUGGGUAUGUUGAUUGCUGGCUGGUUAAAGAGCCAGUUUUCUUAUUAAAGUCUUCCAUUCCGCAAGGCAUGUUUAGAAAAGGUGAAGAGCUGGCAGGAAUCAACACUAAACAUAAACCAUAAACCGUAUCUCUGUCUCUUGCUUGAAAAAAAAUGCUGUCAUUUCCUCAACCAGGUGCAGUUACCAUCUGCGAGAUCAAUCGAGACCUCAUUACUGCAGAUGAACUCUCUGAUGAUGCAGCUAAGGAAACCUAUGGCAAGGUUCUUGGAAUUAUAUUCAGUCCAGUUCCUUUUCAAUCAGAAAAUUUGUUGAGUGCACUGAGCUCUGAACAAGGUGCCGACCAGAGGAAGAGUGGCCUACUUUGGACAGCAUUGCAGGCAGUCUCUACUGGUUCGCUGAAGCACUUUUUUCACCCCAUUGAUGUAAAAUUGUUACAAGAUGUUGAUUUCCAUGUCCUUGAUUGGCACCAGCACAAACAUAUAUUAGCCUUUAUUUCAGGACAACAUCAGGUGACAAUUCGUGAUUAUGAAGAUUCUGAAGGAGGGAGUCCUUGCAUUUUGAUCAAUGACUCCCAAAAAGAUGUUAGAAGUCUGUCAUGGCGGCCAAAUGGUGGGAGGGCACUUGCUGUGGCCUGCAAGGGUGGAAUUUGCAUUUGGGCUGCUUCAUUUCCAGGCAAUACAGCUUCAGUGAGAUCAGGUGUCACAUUGGGUACUCUCUCUAGAGGCUCAGGAACUAAAUGGACUCUUGUGGACUUCCUUCUAAGUCCUGAUCAUGAACAAAUUACUGCACUUUCCUGGAACCCAAAUGGGAAGUAUUUGGCAUCAGCUUCAUUUGAGAGUUCUUCAUUCAUCAUUUGGGAUGUUGCUCAAGGAGUGGGAACACCUAUUCGACGUGGCUUAGGGGGCAUAUCUUUAUUGAGAUGGUCCCCGUCAGGAGACUAUUUCUUCUCUGCGAAAUUUGAUGGGACAUUCUAUCUCUGGGAGACUAAUACAUGGACAUCAGAACCAUGGUCCUCAACAAAUGGUUUUGUCAUGGGAGCAGUUUGGGAUCCUGAUGGUAGCAGAAUACUAGUUGCUUUCUCUGAAUCUUCAACCUUGGGUUCCAUUCACUUUGCAACCAGGCCACCGUCCCUAGAUGCACAUCUUAUACCCGUUGAGUUGCCAGAGAUAGUGUCCUUGACUGGCAGUCGAGGAAUAGAUAAGAUAGCAUGGGAUGCUUCAGGAGAACGUCUAGCCUUGUCUUAUCGAGAUGGGGAUGACUUGUACAGGGGUCUCAUAGCAAUAUACGAUGUCAGAAGAAGUCCACUGAUUUCAGCAUCUUUGGUUGGGUUCAUUAGGGGUCCUGGAGAUAACCCCAAGCCAAUAGCCUUCUCAUUUCAUGACAAGUUUAAGCAGGGACCGUUGCUUUCUGUGUGUUGGAGUAGUGGACUUUGCUGCACCUAUCCCCUCAUAUUUCGCUCACAUGUUCUUCCAUAAUCAAAGGUACAGCAAAAGUUUUACAAUCAACUACAACGUAAGAAAAACAAUUUUAUCCAAUAUUUGGAAAUGCUAGAUUGAAGAAACUGAUUUCAUAAUUCGAGAUGCAUCAUUUUCAACUCCUUUUCUGUCAUUUGGAGAAGUUCCUACAUUAUAUACCUUUGUUUGGAGGGUUUAAUAUAACAUUGGAACUAAGAAAAGAAAAAAAGAAGCUCCGAUGAUGAAGUUGUCAAGAUGUUUAUAUCGUUCCAAUUUCUGAUGCUUUCGGUCGUAGACCAGAGCUAUAUGUGGAAAUGAAGGGACAACUGAGGAGCUCGUUUGUUUUACACUCAUUCUGCCUUGCAAAAGGAGAGUGAAAUCCACUAAAAAGUGAGAAUGUGCAACCUACUCUUCCGUCAUGUUGUUCAGAUACUUCAAAAUUGUUGUCACCUUUGUUAUUUGAUCCUUCAAAAAAUAUGCAUAUUUGUAGAAUAUAAUAUGAAUAUGACAACAUUUUCAGGAUAUCUGAGCAACAUAACUUUUAGAUUACAAUAGGCAAUGCCAACCUAACAUUCAAAUUAGGGAAAAAUUAAGCAGAAUGUCCAUUCGGGCAUCUAAAUUAUCAAAAAUAGUUCAAUUAUUUGCUUA